AGCGCUCAUAGGCUUGCAAAGCUCGCUCCACGGGACCCGCACAGCUGUGUCGAGUGACUCUCGUUUGGGUCUCCCGGGAGAGGAGGGGGCCCGCCCAGCGGGCUAUUUAAGCCUCGUCCGUGAUGAGCGCAGCCCGGGGCAAUGGCCACUUUGGUGGACGACGCCAUGGAGAGCUACUCGUCGUACCCUUCCUACAACCCUUACUCCUACCGCUACCCGAGAGGCAAAGGCGGGCAGGGUCCGUGGAGGCAGCGGGGCGGCUACUUCUCCGGUUAUGGCGAGACGGCGGCGGUGGCGGCCGCGGCGGCCGAGUACUUCGACAACUACCAGCGGGCGCAGCUGAAAGCCAUCCUGUCCCAGGUGAACCCCAACCUGACUCCCCGCCUGCGCAAGGCCAACACCAAGGAGGUGGGCGUGCAAGUCAACCCGCGCCAGGACGCCUCGGUGCAGUGCUCGCUCGGGCCGCGGCCGCUCUUCUUGCGCCGCCGCGCCGUCGAGCAGGAGCAAGGCAGCCCCGUCAGCGGCGGCUGCCGCUCCGUGCGCUUCCCCAGGACCAUCGCCGUCUACUCGCCCGUGGCUCCGCGGCGCCUCACCACCUUCCUGGAGGAAGCCGAGCCCCCCGACGGCCCCACCGCCGCCUCGACGCCGCCGCCGAAAGCCGACGAGGCGCGCGCGGGCGGGGAGAAGGCUGAGGGCCCCGCCGACCUGCAGGAGGAGCGGCGGCCGCCGCGCCCCAAGACCGAGAGGAAGGAGGGCUCGGGCCCAGCACCCGAGGGCGGCCUGGAACAGCCGGAGAAGCCUCGGGAGGACGGCGAGGGGGAGGCGCCGCCCCAGCCAGAGGAGAAGCGGGGAGACGAGGCCGCGGAGAAGCCCUCGGAGGAAAGCAAGGCCCGCGUGCGCUUCCAGGUGGGUCCCUCGGCGCCCGCGCUCGCCUCAGCUUCCCGCCUAUUUCUUGCUUCUUCAGGAGUCUUCCUUAUUUCCCUUGUGCGCAAGCGGAGGGUUGGGUUUUCUUUUUAAUAAUAAUACUAAGGAUGCUAAUGUUUAAGUUAAAUUUUAUAAGAACUGUGAUUUGGAAAACCGUUAAAAGGACAGGCAAUGAAAUUCAACCAAGGGGAAGCGAGGAAGUCACUUAACAAUGUUAAUAAGUGUAAUUUUUAAUAAGUCUAUGAGUUAUGUUUGUUUGUCUUAUGUGUUCGUUUAUAAUGAUGUGAAAACAUUUUUUUUGAAUAAUAAUAAUAAUAUAAAAUAAAAUAAUUUUUUAGUAAUUAUACCCGCCCAUCUGGUUGGGUUUCCCCAGCCACUCUGGGCAGCUCCCAGCAGAACACUAAAAACACCAUAAAAUAUCAAACGUAGAAACUUCCCUCAACAGGGUUUCCUGAUUUUCUUUUUUUGCUGCGCUUCAGUGAAAGUCUCAGGGUGGCAGUCAAGAAUAUGGUGAAAACACGUUUAUUAAUUUGUUUUAUUUAUUGAAUUUUUAUACCGCCCUAUAACCGCAGGCCUAUAUGCAGAACAAUGAAACAAAGCAGGAAGGCAAACAUAACUGGACAUAAAAAUUCAGCUGAGUGGAAUGAAACUUAACCAGCCCCUUCUGCCCUAUGCUGUCUGGGGCUCCUGUGGCAGUCCUUAUUUGUGGGGUGGUAGUUAGCCUGCUUAGGCCAGGCUUGGCCAAAUUGUGUAGUGGGAACAAGCCUUACUUGCCUGAAUGAAGAGUAGAGCUUUCCUUCCACUCUUGUAAGUGAAAACUUGAGUUUUAGAGAGCCUAAGGGCCCAACAGGUAGUGCAUUUUUGUACCUAACUCUUCUUGGACAUGUUUGCUUAAAACCAGAAGCAGCCUUUUGAGGACUUUAAAGUCUGGGCAAAAGUUUGCAUUGUAGAAGCCAACGCCAAGGGGCCUUUCUCCUCCCCCCCCCAAUAAAAUAAAAUAUUUGAGGGUGUCAGUCCCUCCCCAAGUCCCUCCCCCAGGUUGAUGGGCAUUGCCAUUCAAAUGGUGUCAUGUGAUUGAUUAUAUAGGUUGGGGUUUAUCUGCCAUCUCAAUAUUUUAUUUAAGCCCCCCCCCCCCCCCCCGUGUGGCAGGAUGGCUUAACCAUUUCCCUCUUCCAUGCUGGGAGUUGUUGUGAGGGGCGGAGAGUUACCUGCAGGUGCCUUCAGGUUAAAAAAAAAUGCACAAGGCUGUGCAUCAAUUUUAGUCUUGUAAGACUUGUGCAAGUUUGGCACCUGCACUGUCCAUUUUGGCAUGAGGCUGAAUGAUUGUGAUGUGCUUCAUUGGGCAAAGGCAAGCUGUCCUAGGCUCUUCAUGCAGGCAUAACGAGAAUCCUUGGAUAAUUCAAGUAUCUGAUUCAGAAGAGCAGAGGAAUUACCUGCUUGCAGCAAAGGGGGAUGGCAAAGGGAGCAAAGUUGAAUAUUGGCAUAGAGUAGACCCUGUGGUGUUGGUUUCGUAGGAGCUUUUUGUGCUUUGUGGGUUGUUGGCUUGGGCCAGUGGUGGGGAACCUGUGACUCUCCAGAUGUUGCUGAGCACAGGUAAUGCUGGUUGCGACUGGUGGGAGAUCAAAACAUCUGGAGGGCCACAUGGUACCCACCCCUGACUUUUUACAGUUGCUCAUGUGCAAUAAGGAGCCCAGAAAUGCAGUUAAUUGAAAGAAUCCCUUCAUAGUUAUUUGUGGCUGGGCUCUGAGCCUCAUGCAUUAUUGUGUAUGGAGAAACUAGACUAGCCGGGAGACAUAGGAUUGUGGGGUUGGUGGGGAGACCCAAAAGUUCCAUUUAGUACUCUCCCUGCCUCUGCAUACCAAGCUGCAUCCCCACCACUCCUCUGGUGUGGAUUGGCCCACCACAUCCUGAAAACAUGUGGAUGGAAUGGAGAGCAGAAAUGACUGGUUUGCUUUCCCCUUUGCAGAAACUUGUUUCAAGCUGUGACACCCUUUCUUCCUGUGGUGAGCAAUCAAGGUGGCUGGCAGUAGUUUAUCAAGACAAUACCAAAAAGCCUAAAAUGCAGCCUGUGCAAUCAAAAUGGCAAAAGACGCGUGUACCAAAAAGCAGUGUCCAAGAAGCUCACUGAACGCAAGUCUUUGCUUGUGUUCCAGUGGGUGGAAAUGGAGCCAAAUAUCUCUGGGAAGGCUAUGCCAGUUUCUGGGUGCUGUAGGAAUAAAAAUGGGGGUGGGAGGGCCUGCCUGCUUGCUAUUUCUUAGGGUGGGGAAGUUGGAGCAGGCCUUAGGCAGUUUUAUGUGAAAGAAGCUGGUCUUUAAGAUACUCUAUAAACAAAUGAAGCAACAAAUAAAUUGGUUUCCAACAUAAAUUGUAUAAAAUUGGAGUAAUGUGACUUGAUCUACUGCCUCUAGUCAGAAUCCUGGUAGCUGUAGUUUGAACAACCUGAAGAUGAUUUCAGAAGCUCCAGACAGGCCCAUUAGAAGUGUAUUACAGUAAUUAACCUAGAGGUGAUUAGGGUAUGGAAGACAGAGGCCAGAUCUGGCUCAGUUAAUGAGUAGGAAGUUCAGUUCAUGGAACUACCUACAUUGCUAUGGGGCACUGACACUCUCCACCUCCUAGUGAAAUAAUAGUGUUGCUUUAUUCAAGAGAAGAAAACCUUGCAGGGAGAAGAUUGGCCAGUUCUUACCCUCAAUAUAGAAGGUAUUGAAGAGAGACGAAACUCUCUGGACUUAGAUUGAAAGUGUUGCUUAAGUUGGAGGUUAGUUGGUUACUGUUCUUCAAGGCAGUGUUAGAAACUCAUAAGGUAGGUGCCAAAUGGCUCCUUAAACCAGGGUUAGUCACCAAACCGAAAUGCCUAGUUGCCAUUUUUGGGCCAGAAAGCUGAAAAAUUGUAUUUUUCAAUACAACUUUUUGGUUCCUGAAAUUCAUUCCGAUUGUGCAGAUAAAAUACAAUGCAAUGGAUAGAAUUCUAGAGGAUGGGUUAUGAAAAGUCAUGAUCCAGUGAUCCCCAGGCAUGCACCUACGGAUGGUGGAGACGUGAUACGCCCGCCUGGCACCUGGGCCUCUUCACUUGGUCACAAGUGGCCGAUAGCUGGCUUCAAAAUGCGCCCGGUGAAUUUUGAACGCUGCCUCAAGCAAUUAGAAUAAGAUCCAUUAUUUGAUUAUUGAUGUAAACCUCCAGAAUGUAUUUUGUAUAGUUAAGUUUCAACCUCUGUCUUCAACACAUUGUGUUUUGUUUUAUUGCUGUGGCUAGUGGUUGGUGCAAAUAGAGAUUCUUCUGAUUCUUCAAGCUUGUGAGGGAAGCUGCUGCCAGUUGCUCUUAAGGCGCACAAGGUCAGGGCUUGCGACAGGCUGCUCAGCUUGAGAUGUCAGUUCCCUUACUGUUUGGUUUAUGCUCUCUAGUUCCUAGAGCAGAAGUAUGGCUAUUACCACUGCAAGGACUGCAACAUCCGCUGGGAGAGUGCCUAUGUAUGGUGUGUGCAGGGCACAAACAAGGUGAGUAUUGUCACUAGAGCAGUGGAGGGUGGUGGUCUUGCCCUUUGGUAAGGAGUUGCCUUCAUACUUUUCUCCUUCUCCCCACCCACCCUCAGGUUUAUUUUAGGCAGUUCUGCCGAACUUGCCAGAAAUCCUACAAUCCCUACCGUGUGGAGGAUAUCACCUGCCAAGUAAGCAACUCUUAGGAGGCCAUUGAAGGCAAAAUACUUUCCAGACAUACUGUUUUUAAGCAUUAGAUAUCUCUCUGUCUCUGUCUCUUCUACUGCUUGUAUUUGGAUAGCCAUGCUGCAGUAUAGAAUGCUUGUGCCCCUGUGAAAAACAGGUGUGCUUAUAUAGAAUCAAGAUUCAGCCUCCUGCUCAGUUGGCCCUUGCCUAUCCCCUCUCAGAUUUUGAGAUGUGCACUUAGUCAUGAAGAGCAUGAAAACCCUCUAAACCCACUAGAACAGCAUUUAUAGUUUAACGUGUACAUUCUGUACUUGAGUAUGUAGAUUUAAUUGGUUCUCUUUCCUGUGCAAGAUCAGUUCUCACUAGUGGUGAUACCUGAAUUUAAUAAUUGAAUUACCUUUUAACUUUGAUUGCACCAGGAUGGCUAAUAGGAAGGAUAAGUAAAUUGGAAGGAUGGGGGAAAUUAAUUGUUCAUUGAAAAUGCUCUUAAUCUGUUGUACAGUGUUGGUGAUCUUAUAGUGGUUUUGAGUGAACUCAAAUUAGUUUCUUGGUUCGGAGGUCAUGUGAAAUACUGGCUUAAGAAACCAGGAUAUUUUAAUUGAAGCUGGGUGGGUGAUUGAAAUGGAGGUGCUUGUUCCAGAACUACUAUUAAACCAUGGUAUAUUUGGCUGAUGAUUUAAAGUCCAAACUAGGCCAUGGCGUAUAUCUUUAGUUAAUGCGGCCCCAUGAUUGGUUCAUCUUUGGAUACCUUGUGGAGUAGUUUAGGUUUAAUGGAGGCAUGUUCUACAUGUGGUGGUAGAAUGAACUGUUGCUUCAGAUAAAUGAAGGACUUUGGAAUGCUCCCCGUGUAAUUGUUACAAAUAUAGUCCAGCCCUUUGCUUGCUCUCAAUUUGCUUGCAAUUGGAAAUGAAGUUUAAUUAUUAUUAUUUUUUAUGUGGAAAAUUUAAAUAUCUGAUCCCCAGCUGUGCAUUCUGCUACAUAUGUAGACAUAUGUAGGGUUUAAGUUCAAGAUGCAUCAUGUCCCCAAUGGGCAGUCUUAAGAGCCUACUGGAUCAGGCCCACCUAGACUAGCAUCAUGUUCUUCCAGACGCCAACCCAGCUGCCUUGUGCAAAGCCUGAAAGCAGGACCUGAGCACAACAGCACUCUUCCCACUUGUAGUUCCUGACAGCAGCUGAUAUCCAGAGAUAUACUGCCUCCGACAGUGGAGGUAGAGGUAAGACAUUUAACCAUUGUGGUUACUAUCAGCUUCUUAAUGGCAUUCACCACUUCUUAGGGAGUCUUAUACAGUGGUGCCUCGCAAGACGAAAUUAAUCCGUUCCGCGAGAGUCUUCGUCUAGCGGUUUUUUCGUCUUGCGAAGCAACCCUAUUAGCGGCUUAACGGAUUAGCGCUAUUAGCGGUUUAGCGGCUAUUAAAGGCUUAAAGGUUUAGGGGAUUAGCUGCUAAAAGGCUAUUAAAGGCUAUUAAAGGCUUAGCAGAUUAGAUAAAGGGGGGGAAAAGCGAAAAAAAAUCUCAAGACUCGCAAGACAUUUUCGUCUUGCGAAGCAAGCCCAUAGGGGAUUCGUCCUGCGAAGCAACUCCAAAACGGAAAACCCUUUCGUCUAGCGGUUUUUCUGUCUUGCGAGGCAUUCGUCUUGCGGGGCACCACUGUACAGUACUUGGAAUUGAUCUUCCUUGUUCUACCUAGAGGGAAACUGUGCUUCUGUAGUCGGGGUGUGUGUGAUGGAGAUGCAACAAUAAUAGUAGCGUUAACAGUUUGCUUUAGUAGUUGUUGUUGCAUCCUAUUAUUCAUGAGUCUUCCAGUCACUGAAGAGGCCCCCAAACAGAAAGCGGUGCUUAGGUUGGAGUUUAAAAAAGUCAUGGAACCUGUGAAGCUUAUACCUAUGCAGGCUCCUAAAGCCUAUUUUAUCUGCGGAACUUGUACAUGGAUGCUUGUAGUAGUUUCAGAUACUGUCCCUCUUUCUGUCCCAUUUCAGAGUUGCAAGCAGACACGGUGCGUCUGUCCUGUGAAAUUGCGCCAUGUAGAUCCCAAGAGACCCCAUCGUCAGGAUCUCUGUGGAAGGUGCAAAGGCAAACGUCUCUCUUGUGAUAGUACAUUUAGUUUUAAAUAUAUUAUUUGAGCAGGAUAGUAGCGAAAGAAUCCUUAAUAUAAAUUUGCAGUGACGCAGAUAUUUUGUUUGGAAACAGCAGGCUGCAGCAGUGGAAAGCCUGCCAAUGAAGCUGUAGUAAAGCAAUUGUGAAUCCUAAUGCAACCUAAUGUCCACUUCAUUUUUUGUAAUUGUAUUAAGGGGGAGGGUGGGUCUCUGCCUGGCAUACUGUGACUCAGCUAGAUUUUUUUGGAGAGAACUAAGACUUGAAAAGCAAGUUCAGCAAAAAAAGAGGGGGGUGUUGCUGGUGAUGGGAGAGCCUUAUUUAAACCCUCCUACCCAUCUGCGUAGAGGAAUGUGUACCAGUCUUCUUCCUUGUUACCCUCUUGCUAUGAAAUGCUUCUAUGUAGAACCUAAUGCACACUUAAGUGGCCCCAAACUGGGAAAUAUAAUUGUACGUAUGAGUUUCACAUUGACAAUUGCUCUAUACAGGGCAGGUAAAGUUAUGGGAAAUAGUUAAAAUUUAUGGAGAAUCAAAUAUAUAACUGAUAUGAAAAGGGGUGGAAUAGCAGUGAAUUGUUUAAUGUUAGAAGUAGGAGGCAGUGAUGUAUAGUCCUUUCGAUUUCUUCAACUGAGAUGUACUUGAAUGGUGCUGGGUAAAAACUAGACAAUUGUUCUGGAUCUAAGUUGUAUGCAUAACUGAAUAUUGAUAGGUACAGUGGGUACAGUAUUUGGUACAACGGGAGAACUAUUUCUGACCAAUGCCAGUUUAAGUUUGUAGGUGAGUGGCAGGAUAUGUCUAAUGGCUGGCCAUCAUCCAAAAUUGAGAGAUUAAGAUUCACUGUCUUGAGCCAAGACAGUGAAUGGCAUGCUUCUAUAUAUUACCUACAACUUUCAUGAUGAUGAGGCGCUAGCUGAGUGAAUGUAUAAAUAAAGGGAUUGUGAUGCUUCAUCACGGCUUGUAACUAUUUCA